CCUCGCCUUCAUUCACCAGCACACUGAGACUGAGACACAGAGACACUGAGACUGAGACACGCAGAGACACGCACGCGGAGACACGCGCACAGGCAGCGCUGCGUUACAGGGACCACACGGACUGAUCCGGACCGGACGCACACGCACUCGUGUUCUUGGAUGUUCGGUUCGGUUAAAAUUAAAAAAAGAAAAAGCAAGAAAUAAACCCAACGUGGACGCUGUUAUAUAACCGGAAGAGGAACGUCAGUGGGACUGGGGCUUAUUCACGGGCGCGCGUGAGUCAUUGAUAAACGCGCAGUCGCAUGAAUGGACGGAUUCGGAGCGCGUCUCCAGUUCACGCUUUAACUCCUACAAGAACACAACGUUCGGAUUUCCUUUUUUUGUGCAUUUCCUGCAGCACCGAGGCGUCAUCCAUAAUAAAUUGAAUUAUUGUAGAAAAAGAGAAUACAUAUAUAUUUAUUUCUCUGGCCUGGUGAAACGCCGCGGCCUCUGGACGGACCCACGACGCCUCCGUGUAAAGACCACGCACGCACCCCGAUGCUCGAUAAGUUCCGACCCGCGCAGCUCGACCCGGCAAUGGCGAUCAGUAAGAGCGUGGCGUGGCUGAGGGAGCAGCUCGAGACGCGCCGCGAGCGCCUGCUCGUGAUGGACUGCCGAGCGCGCGAGCUCUACGACUCGUCCCACGUCGAGGCGGCGAUCAACGUGGCCAUCCCGAGCCUCAUGCUGCGGCGGCUGAAGAAGGGCAACCUGCCCGUCAAGUCGCUGCUCUCCGACGGCCAGGACCGCGAGAGGUUCGCGCGCCGCUGCCGGACAGACACCAUCGUGCUGUACGACGAGUGCAGCCGCGAUUGGAACGAGAACGUGGACGGCGGAUCGGUGCUCGGUUUACUGCUCCGGAGAAUGAAGGACGAGGGCUACAAAGCGUUUUACCUUGAAGGAGGUUUCAGCAAAUUCCAGGCCGAGUGUCCGGCGCUCUGCGAGACCAACCUGGACGGCUCGUGCGGCGGUAGCGGCUCUCCGACGUCGCACGUGCUGGGCCUCGGCGGCCUGCGCAUCAGCUCCGACUCCUCAGACAUCGAGUCGGACGCUGACCGCGAGCCCGGCAGCGCCACAGACUCGGACGGCAGCCCGGCGUCCAACCCGCAGCCCUCCUUCCCGGUCGAGAUCUUGCCGCACCUGUACCUGGGCUGCGCCAAGGACUCCACCAACCUGGACGUGCUGGAGGAGUUCGGCAUCAAGUACAUCCUGAACGUGACUCCGAACCUGCCCAACCUUUUCGAGAACGCAGGAGAAUUCAAGUACAAGCAGAUCCCCAUAUCGGAUCAUUGGAGCCAGAACCUGUCACAGUUCUUCCCAGAGGCCAUCAGCUUCAUCGACGAGGCUCGAGGCCAGAAGUGCGGCGUCCUCGUGCACUGCCUCGCAGGGAUCAGCCGCUCAGUCACGGUGACCGUGGCCUACCUGAUGCAGAAGCUCAACCUGUCCAUGAACGACGCCUACGACAUCGUCAAAAUGAAAAAGUCCAACAUCUCGCCCAAUUUCAACUUCAUGGGCCAGCUGCUGGACUUCGAGCGCACGCUGGGACUGCAGAGCCCGUGCGACAACCGGGCUUCGGCGCCGUCGCAACCGCUCUACUUCAGCACGCCCACCAAUCACAACGUCUUCCAGCUCGACCCGCUCGAAUCCACGUGAGAGGAGGCACUCUGACCAUCCCGAUGUGGCUUUCUGUCUUUUUGCCCCUCUCUCAAAACCGAGGAGGCUUUUUUCCCCCCGGACGUUUUUGUGAAGCUGCAAGGCGCAGCUGGUGAGUUAGCCGGCGACGCGCCGACGCGCUUUUCGUCUCGAAGUGGAAAGGCAGCUGCUGUACUAUUGGGACGGAGAAAAUGCAGCUCUGUAUCUCUCUCAGACUCUGUAAGGUAGUUCCUGCUUCCUAUCUUCGUACUCAAGCAUGUCAAGACUGUCAAAAAAUACAAAAACAAAAACGAACUCCUGGCGUGCCAAAGAGACCCGAAUCGGACGGUAUAUAUAUAUAAAUAUAUAAAACUUUUGAUCUCUGUUUUCCUAGCACUUGCACCUUCAGGUUUUUUUCCCCGGGUGUGCAUCUCUUCUUGUCUUCAGUGAAGACUUGCCUGUUUUUUGGGGGAUUAAAAACAACCCCUCCUGCAGACACCCCCGUGGACGACGGCACAGUAACUUUGUUCUCCAGUUUGUUUGUGUGGAGACACUUUUGAAUCGUUUAUACGCGUGUAUUAUAUUAUUAUUAUUAUUAUUACUAUUAUUAUUAUUAUAAUAGCCACACUGUACCUGUUACGAAAAAGAAAACAGGUACCGGAUCUUUUUUGUCAUCUAAACUGAAAUGUUGAUUGAUAUUAUCUAUGAGUUCAAUGCCAAAAAAAAAGUUUUGUGAAAUCAUAAAAAUGUGUAUACUGUAAUAUAUAAUUUUUUCUUUGUUCUUCUUAAUUUUUUUUCCUUACGCUUUUUACGGACGAGCCUUUUUAGUACGCAUCGUUUCCGGAGGUAACCCCGUUAGCCCUGCCGUAAGGUUUCGUGUACAUAGGAGUUCCGUCACGAGUUCUCAGAGCGGUUCUUUAUAAAGCAGAGCUAUACAUCUAACGGCACAUAUCGGGAAAUAAAAGUAUUGUUCAUGACUCGUAUCAGUAUGUUUUCAAGAUUAGUCCAGAACACGGCUGCAUGAUCGUGACGAAUCUAGAACCUGGACCUGCAUUGAUUCAUUAAUUAAGUUUCAACCUUUUUUUUUUUUUUUUGGUGGAACGAUGGAACAAGAAGGUGGCUGAGGUGUUUUAUUUCCUUUUUAAAAUUUUUUUUUUUGCAAUUCGAGGUCUCUGAAACGUCACCCCAAUGUGGAGACGUUUGUUCGCACGUGUUUUCAGGGAAAAUUCUGUGAAAUGCAAUUCACUUUGUCUGAUGUGGAUUUAAAAACGGGAGCCCGGUUCCCUCAAAGCAAAAGCAACGGCCUGUUCUGAAGGAGGCAGGUUCCACUUUGGGACUCGAUACCUUCAACCCUACGAAUGUAAAGAGAUGAUAAGUUAUUAAUAAAUUGCUAUUUUGUCUAUUCAAACCUA